CUCAGACACGUUCGCCGCUCCAAACCAGCACGGCCUUUAACCCCUUCAAGCUGCUUGAUGUUGACCUCUUUCUUGUUCCUUAAAUUAGAAACGGCCUUGUCUGGUAUUUUGUCGCGACAAGGCACCGUACUCGGUAGUGCCUGAUGCAGCCACCGACGGCGUCCUGGGACGUACUCCCUGCUGAGACUAUCCUUUACAUUCUAGCCAUCAUUGACGAUUCGCAAAGCCUAGCAGCUCUGUUAUGCGCAUGUCCGCGAGCGUUUCGGCUAUUUUCGGUCGAUGGAGGUCAAUUGCUUGACGACUUGGCGGACCGCACGCACUCUGCACAGGUUGCGCAGCUCAUCCGCUCCACUGCCCUGUUGAGAAGCUGCCCGGGCGCCUUCUUCCGCAGUGACGAGGCUGUAUCAGUCGACGAGACGCUAUUGCUUCACAUCGGCCAGAUGCCCUAUGAAGAACAUUGUCCACCAGCGAUGGCGUCGCUGUCACAGUCGUGUUGCGGGCGGCCCGAGAUGGUCUUUAGCCUUGUCACUACGAUGCACAGGCUGGGACUAGUCGCCGUGGCAGCGGUGAAGUGGUUUGAGAAGAAUAUUAUCGAAGCCAAGCCGGAGCACCUCGCCGACCCUGAAAAAAGCUACUAUAGAGAAAACCUUGCUCCAUGGGAUAUUGACUUUGAGGGCAAACCAUACAAGGCGCCUGGUAUAGCCGUUGUACAGUGGAUUGAGGUUGAGCGACUUCUUCGAUGCCUAUGGCGUCUGCAGCUGCUUGAUGAAAUCAAAGUUGCUGCGAAAAGUCUGCUCUACAACGGUGCUGAGACAAGCCUGAUGCAUAUAGACCUUGGUACUAUUAUCCACACCCCAGCGGUGCAGAUGGACGAGUUAUUAGCCACGGUCAGCUUCUUGGACCAUGGCCAAGAGCCACCAGUACAAAGGCCUCUGCAAUUACCGCUCACACCAUGCAAUGUGAGCCAGCUCCCGAGAAUGUCACGCUUUGAUAUCCCAUCACUUUGGCGUGAGUGGUUACCACAAAACCCCGAGAGAACAAUCAUCUCAUUUCCAAUGUUAAAAACGAGUUACGGUUAUGUGAUAUUCAAUAGACAGACACGGAGGAUUCGCUCGCCCAUUCGUGAUGUGCCGAGGCAUCUUUACUACUGUUUUGGGGUGCCAUUCUGGGAGAAGGUGACGCUUCAGAAGUUGGAACUGUUGGAGAGCCCACAGUGGGAGGGCAGCGUAUGUGAUUCUAUUUUUACGUGGCACAGCUUGCUCAGUCAGGCCCAGAUACAAUAUGUUGAGGAUAUGCUUAAGGAAGCGUCACGGCAACGCAUUCUGAUUGCCUGAAGGAUGCGAUGGCUGGCGCAUCCGUCAUGGCCAGAUAGUCAAGACGCACGAAACCAUAUUAAAUUACACCAAUUGGUUUGAUUCUCAUGCAAAAUAGUACCGUAUCAUACACCAGAAGACAAGGCUUUCUGGUAGCCCUUAAUUCAAGCCCCAUGUAGCAGCUUCAUGUCUCAGCCUUGC